AUGGUUUCUAAAAUCAGCGAAUUCAAUAUUCUUCUGAACGACCUCAGUAGCGAAUUAGAUCAAGCGAAUCUACGAAGUUUAAUGCACGUUUGCAGAGAGCUUAUCCCUGGCGGACAGCGCGAGACGAUCUGCUCUGGAUUGGAUGUGUUUAGCAUUUUACUACACCGUAAUGUGAUCGGAGAAGACCCCCCUAAGAUGGCCUUCUUGCUCGGAAUUAUCAAAGAACUACGACCCAGGAGGAGAGAUUUGGUUAGCAUGGUUAAGAGGCAUAUUAAACAAAAUUAUGAAGCGCCAGAGGAGAUAUUGGAUGACGUGGAUUCUAGUUCAGAUGGUUAUGCCAUUUCGCGAUCUCCAACGCCUGUCGUUAUGGAUCAUAACGAAUGCUGUGCUGCGCGCUGUUGUUGUUUGAACUGUGUUUGCAUUCCCUGUUGCAGUGCCUUUUCGUGCUGUCUGCUCUUGACAGUUUCCUUCAUUUUUUUGGUCGUUAUGGCCUCAGUAUUCUGGUACACGCGACAUUUUCCUAGUGUCUACAAUUAUCUGCAUUCUAAGGAUGAUUUGAAAGACGCAGGCCCAGUGGUCAUUGGCAUUCUAGCAUUUUUUACCAUUUGUUCCGUUUUAUCUGUGAUCUACACAAGUGUAAAGAAAGGGAGAAAUAACAUAUCUUAUUCAAAACUCUCAAGCAUAAACGAUGCCAGAAGUACUGAGGUAGUCCCUGGUAGCCGUUACCCAGGUUCGGAUUCAACCCGAACAAGCUAUUCCGGAUACGUAAAGAAGAUUGAUCGCCCCAGCCGAAGACGGGACUAUUCUUGUAGUUCCGGCGGCAUUACACGAUCCAAUUCAUAUGGGACUCCACCACCACUUACCUACGCUAACGACGCCCCCUAUAGUGGCUCGCAGCAGGAUGUUUCCUCUACAGAAAUCAAAGUGGAAGAAGGAGGAAAGGAAGGAGAAAACUGA